AGUGCUCUUUUUGCAGGUUACGUUUUUACACUGCCAGUAUGCAACAUAAAUAUUUUGUGUUAUGAACAAUUCAAUGAACCAUUUACUCGAUUCGUUAACACGGAGUCGAUAAAAAUGUGUCUUUCAACAACACCACUACUAUGGACCUGACCAAUGCUAGAAUGUGAGCCUUCUUUAAUUAAGUACUGAACAAUUUAUAUUGUGUGUCCUGCUGUCAACAAAUAUAUUUUUUUAAUUAUAUGUGUCCAUAGAAAGGGGUGCAAUGGUUGCCAGAGAAAUGCUCAUUUCGGCCGCACAGAAGCUAUUGUGUCCUCGUAAGAAACGUUUAUCUCCGUCUACAUGUCUUGACGUGACUGUUCAAAUAAUGGCUGUGGAUCUGGGCGUCAAACCUGCGCUGUUGUACGACAGUAAUGCAGCAUCUCCAGAACAGCUUCACCUGUACCUCAGUUCACUGCAGGAGUAUGGAGUUGUAACCAAUUCACUACGGAUACUGUCCAUUGAUGACAACACAUUCAUUUUUAACCCUGCCACUGUUCAGUCCCACCUGGAUGAACUGCUCAAAAGCAAAAGUCUCCUUCUAAUUGACGUAUGUCCCUCAAGAAAACAACCUGUCUUGGCUGGCUUGGAAAAGAGAACUGAGGAUAUGAUCAAAAGUCUUUCAGGAGUCUACAUGAAUGAGAUGGACAAAGGCUCCUCUGUGAUUCUGUUGGGAGAAGAGUUGUAUAAUGACUGGAACUUGUGUACUCUCUUUGGAAUCCUGUUAGGUUAUCCAGCCACCUACUGGUUUGACCAAACUAAGGGAUUUGGGAACUGUCUUUGUAUGACACCACUGGUGGUGUGCACUGUUUGGAUCACAUGGCAAACACACGACAUAAAUCAUCGCUGUUGUCUUUAUUCAUUUAGUGUUCCUGAGGAGCUGUGGUCAGAAGUGCAAAGUCAUAUGCAACGGUGGACAGAGCAUUUGAGAGAGAGAUUUAACAAACAGACAGUUCUGACUGAUCUCUGCUUUUCUAGGGAUGCCAUCACUUUGCCCUCUGUGACCCUUUGAAUAAACCUGAUUUGUUUCUUUUUA